CGGAGCUCCGCAGCGCGCAGUUCUGCCUGGGGGGAUAUCAGAGAGAGAGAGAGGGAACACACGCAGCUGUGAGGAGUAAGCGCUCCUCAUGAGUUUAUAGAGUUCUAAAGGUAUAAGAUCCGGCCGGCAGGAGCAGUGAGGAUGGCGGAGAGAGGAGAUGUGGAUUUAACCGGAGCCAAACAAAACACAGGCGUGUGGCUGGUUAAAGUACCGAAGUAUUUGUCUCAGCAAUGGGCCAAAGCAUCAGGAAGAGGAGAAGUAGGAAAACUCAGGAUUGGCAAGAAUCAGGGGAAGGCAGAGGUGUCCUUCACUCUGAACGAGGAGUUGACCACGAUAGACAGCAUGGUGGACAAGGCGUCCAUGGUGCGAGUGCCUCGUGAACACCCGUUCACCCUGCAGACGGUCGGGGGACAGACCCUGGCUGUUUUCACAGAGACGUCCUCAGGCCAGUCAGACGCUGAAGGCAGUGGUUCAGGUACUGGUACGGGCCCAGACAAAAUAGCGCUGGAGGGCGUGGUGGUGCAGCGAGCCGAGUGCAGACCAGCCGCCAAUGAGAACUACAUGAGGUUAAAAAGGCUGCAGAUCGAGGAAUCAUCAAAACCCCACCGGUUCUCUCAGCAGCUGGAGAAAGCCGUCACCACCAACUACAAACCUGUGGCCAAUCACGCGUAUAAUCUGGAUUAUGAGAAAAAGAAGAAGGAAGAAGGCAAAAGGGCACGAGCAGACAAGCAGCAGGUGUUGGACAUGCUCUUCUCUGCCUUCGAGAAGCAUCAGUAUUACAACAUUAAAGACCUGGUGGACAUCACCAAACAGCCCGUGAUUUACCUGAAGGAGAUCCUGCGUGACAUCGGGAUCUACAACGUGAAAGGAACUCACAAGAACACGUGGGAACUGAAGCCUGAAUACAGACAUUACCAGAACGAAGAGAAGAGCGACUGAGCAGCUUCACUUGUCGUUAAACCGCUUUCCUUAUUGUUUUGUCUCACUUCUCACUAUAACAGAGGCACCUGGUAGAUGGGUUGUUACGGAAACGAAGCCAGUUUCCUUAAUACCGAGUAGUAAAAUCGAACAACUUGUUCAUGGACGUAGUUUUUACUCCUUUUUACGAAUAAAAAAAAACCUUCAGGGCGCUGUAGGAUUAAGAGUACAUCAUCGCUAUGGGUAUUUUUGCAGAAUGAUGAGUGAAGUCGUCGUCAUCAUCAUGAGCAUCUUCUAGAUAAACUCAGUGUUUGAUUUUAGCAUCAGUUUUAAUGUUCUUAAUUCAUUGCUGAAAUAAAUGUUUAGUACAAAAUUCCAACCCUGUGUGAUCCUUAAAUGUCCGGGCCAGUCGAUCGUGCUGUGCUGUUUUUAACCAUGUCGUUACUUACUUAACCUAUCAUUAAAGUUAUUGUUUAAUAAA